CGCUGUAGCGGGAGCGAGCAAGUAACUUCCAGGGGAGAUUCUGGAAGGAGUUCACGGCACCGGCGAGGCGAGGCGAGGCAUCAGAGAAGGCAUCGAUGGAGUCAAGCUAGCUGAGCCACAGGCUGAGACGCCGAGGGAGCAGGGAGAUGGAUGGAGUAAGCUUGACGCAACCAGGACACACCCUAUAAAUCCCGGCGUCCCUUUCCCCCUCUCCUCCUCAAAGCCCCAGGCUCCCUCCCCCAACUCCCUCUCCUUGCUCGCUCGCUCGCUCUCCAUGGACGCUCCAGGAAGCUGCACGCCUCCUGCACGCUAAGUGCGUGAUCAGAGAAGCUGCUGCCAAGCUUUACCAGUUGACCCUGAACCAAACAGGAGCUACCUGCUAGCUCCGGGUACCAGCAGCAGCUAGCGAGCUAGCUCGUUAGCUGCGCGUAGCUUGAUUUGGUUGGCUAGCGGUGUAGCGGUGGUAGUAGCGUUAGGUAGCUGGUAACUUUUUUGGGCAUGGAGAGCGCGCCGGUGCUGGUGAGGCACGCCGGCGGCGUGGCGGCGCUGCGGCAGCUGCCGCCGGGGUUCCGGUUCCGCCCCACGGACGAGGAGCUGGUGGUGCAGUACCUCCGCCGCAAGGCCUUGGGCGUGCCGCUCCCCGCCGCCGUCAUCCCCGUCGUCCGCGACCUCUACAGCCUCGACCCCUGGGACAUCCCUGCCGCCGCUGCAGCAGAUGCGAGCGAGGGGGAGAAGUACUUCUUCGCGGUCCGGCCGGCGGGCGUCGGCGGCGGAUGCAGCGGCAAGCUGGGCGGCGCUAGGGCGGCGACCGCGAGCGGGCGGUGGAAGCCGGCGGGGAAGGAGAAGCCGGUGGUCCUGCCCCGGCCCUGCGGCGGUGGGAGCCUCCUCGUCGGCGUGAAGCGGGCGAUGACGUUCGCGCCCCGGCGGAAGAAGAAGGCGUCGUCGGCUGCCCUGGCCGCCGGCUGGGUCAUGCACGAGUACCGCCUCGCCGCGCCGCUGCACAAGAACUUCACGGCCAGGACGGUCUUCUCGUGGCAGAGCCGGGUGACCUUCGUCUCCUUUAUCUGCAAAAUAUGUCACAAUCCCUACCUUCCAUCCAACGGAGAAGCCGAGGUGGGAGGUGAGGGCGCCGCUGGCGGCCCAACAGGGGAAGCAGAGGAGGGUUGCGAGCGCACCAGCGCGGCGGUCGAGGAGGAAGGCGUACUGCCCCUCCAGGUCUAGGACCCUUGGGUUGCUUGAGGCACGACGACGGCGAGGCCGUUGGCGAGCCCGGGCGGCACGGCUCCCGCGUGCCUGCGCCCCACGGCCGCUCCCACGGCCGGCUCCUGCCGGUUGCCCGCAGCGGCGGCGGCAGCCGGUUGCCCGUGCUCCUACGCAGUGGUGGCGGUGGCGGUGGCGGCGGCGGCGGCACAGCGGCCCGUGCGCCCCACGGGCCGGCUCUCUAGAGGAUAAGGUAGCGAGAGAGAUGAGAGGUAGAGGAUAAGAGAGGAGUCGGCAGCAGCGACUUAAAAAUAUCUGGAGCGAGAGAUCGGCCAUCGGUACCGGCUGAUAGUUUUCACCGGUGCCAAAAAUCAAUAUCUAGAGCGAGAGAUCGGCCAUUGGUACCGGUUGAUAGUUUUCACCUGUGCCAAAAAUCAGCAUGCAGAUUGGUCCCGGGCUGUGAAACGACCCGGUGCCCAUUCUUGAUCAUUGGUACCGGACUGUGCCAUCACCUGGUACCAAAAGUUCUCCCUAGCCACAUUGAUCCAUUGGUCCGAGCUAAAAGUACCAGUGGUCGUUGCAACCGGUACUGAUGAUGCAUGUAUUAGUACCGGGUGAUAUGGCAACUAGUACUUUUGUGCUGGAUCGGAGGCCCGUUUUCUAGUAGUGGAGCAUGCACCCAGUGUAAAGUGGCUCCGGCGCAUCCAUCAUGGAGUUUUCCUCUACCUAAUCAUCAAACCGGCAGCAGUCUGGCAUGCAUGAUUAUCUUAUGCACAACCUAAUCACAGCAUGUUCAUGCCCUCCAUUAGCCCGG